GGCAGGAGGCGGACAACAAGUGCACACCGGGAAUUCAACCACAGCGAGAAGCUGGCAACGGUGGUAUGGACAACACUGGAUUUUGGAUAUUCCUGAUAACAACCUGCGUUGUUCCAGGAAUAAAUGGUCAGACUGUGGAAAUGGAUGAUGGGAAGUCGGGGUAUGUUGGCUCAAAGGUGGAUCUCCGCUGCCGGUUCAUCAACAGCUCCCCGCCCGUCAAAAUCUCCCAGGUAACAUGGCAGAAACUGGUGAACGGCACCAAGCAGAAUGUGGCGAUCGCCAACCCCUCCCUGGGUGUGUCCGUGGCCCCACCCUACAGGGACCGUGUCACCUUCAAGAACGCGGCAGUGAGGCGACGAACUCCGACCCUUGAGGACACCACCAUCACCUUCUCCUCGCUCCGCCUCUCUGACGAGUCCACCUACAUCUGUGAAUACACCACGUUCCCCGCAGGGAACCGAGAGAACACCGUUAACCUCACUGUCUACGUUCGCCCAACAACUCAGAUGAGUCUGUCCACACCGACACUGGUGGCUCGUUCGUCCAAACUGAAAACACCGGUGGCCACCUGCAUCUCUGCCAAUGGAAAACCACCUGGUACCAUCAGGUGGGAGACGAGGGUGCCGGGGGAAGUGACCACUCGAGAGUACAGAAACUCAGACGGGACUUUCACUAUUCAAAGUGACUACAUUUUGGUGCCCAGCAGAGAAAAACACAAGGAGACGCUCACCUGUGUAACCACCUACAACGAGGAGGUCUUCACGGACAGUGUCACCCUCGAUAUUCAGUAUGAGCCAGAGGUUUCAGUGGACGGGUUUGAUGGAAACUGGUAUCUGAAUCGAGAGAACGUCCAGCUGAGCUGCCAGGCUGAUGCCAACCCAGCCGUCUCUCUGUAUCAGUGGAGACUGAUUAAUGGCUCUGUACCGAGCAAUGCUGAGAUCCGAGACAACGUCCUUACCUUUAAAGGACCGGUCACAUAUGACCUGCAGGGUACCUAUGUGUGUGAUGCAACCAACAGCAUCGGGACACGAUCGGGCUCUGUGGAGGUCAGCAUUAUAGAAAAGCCACUGCCGCAGAUCGCAACAGGUGAUGUCAUCAGUGUAAUCGCCUUGUUACUGGCUGCUGGAGUGCUCAUGGGCAUUACUAUCACGGUGCUGGUGCUCAAAUUAAGAAGUAGGAAAGACAGCUCCUCAAAUGGUUCCCCGUCCAGAAAACUGUCCCAGCCGAUAAGGAAAAGACCAGGAGAUGAUAUCCAGCAUUCAGGACGGUUUUAUGAAGAGCUUCCAAACACAGCGGACUAUGUGAGCUACAGACUGGCCUGUAACAAGGAGGACUACCCAGAGCCCUACUCCCCUCCCAUCAACCCUCCUCUCUCAUUUCUGCCCCAGCACCCCUACCACUCCUCACAACCAACCACUGCAACCAGCAGCAGCAGCAGCAGCAGCAGCACCACCACCACGUCAAAAAACACCUUCUCUCCUCCUUCACACACCACGGCCAUCUUUAAAUACCCUUCAGUACCGGGCCUGUCUUCUCCUCCCCCAGGAGUGGCAGCGUACACUUUUCCCAAAGAGCAGUAUGUCUGAACCGACAUCUCGUCACAAACUCAAACCUCUCCAGUGAGUUCAGAUGGAACGACCCGACUCAAACCCGAUCUUUUCCUAAGAGGAGGCUGGAAA